AUGGGUGCCUCUCAGUCCUCGCACAAGCCAGGUGCGGCUGGUGGAGGCACCGCCAACGACGCCAAUGGUGAACCUGCCUUUGUCGACUACUACGAGCUCCUCCACAUAGAGCAGACGGCCACCACAGACGAGAUUCGUAAAGCAUAUCGAAAGCUCGCUCUCAAGCACCAUCCCGACAAGAACCCGGACAACGUAGAGCAAGCCAACAAAAUCUUUCACAAGCUGCAAGAGGCCUACGAAAUCCUAUCGGACGACACUGAAAGGGCGUGGUACGAUCAGAAUCGAGAGCGCUUGCUGAAUGGCGAAGGGCCGGAUCUGGACGAUGAGGAGGUCUUCGAGGCGUUCCGAACAGGAGCAGCCGAAGCGCCGCAGCCGACGAGCUCUUCGCGUGGGCUGACAGCAAAGGCGCUGCUUCGCUUCUUCGAUCCUAGCUUGGCAAAGGACUUUACCGACGGCGACAAUGGCUUCUAUGCUACCUACCGUCGACUGUUCGAGCGUCUUGCACAGGAAGAGCGUAUAGCAGCUCCAUAUCCUGGUGAAGAGAAGGACAAUACCAUCCCUCCCGCUGAUGCGUUCCCAUCGUUUGGGUACAGUCACACUCCCUACUCGACUGCCAAAGGUAAGGAGGCAGCAGUGCACCAAACACCGGCCAAGGACUUUUACAAUGUGUUUAUGAACUUUCAGUCACGCAAGAGCUUCGGCUGGUUCGACAAGUACGAUCUUCGCGACGCACCAGAUCGAAGAGUCAAACGUCUUGUGGAGAAGGAGAACAAGCGCGCAAGGGACGCCGCCAGACGCGAGUACAACGACGCCGUCCGCUCUCUGGCUGCCUUUGUUCGCAAGCGAGAUCCGCGAUACAAAAAGUUCCAAGCUGAACUUAACUCGACGGGUCCUGGAUCGACUGCGGAUCUUGCCAGAAGGAAAGCUGAGGCCGAGAAGAUUAGACUCGAGAGGGAAGCACGUGCGCAGUCGUACCAAGCGCAGAGCUGGCAACAGCCCGACUACCGUUUCUCUGACGAGGAUGAGGACACGGAUGAGGAUCAAGACGAAGACGGCGAAACUGAUGAUGAUAGCAACGAGGAUGGCGGAAGUGGGGGCCUGUCAGGGUCAAAUGCUGCAAUCGACCCGCUCGAGGAUCCAUCGUACUCUGGCUGGGACUGCGUGGCUUGCGACAAAUUCUUCCAGUCCGAAGCUGCCUUCCGCAAUCACGAGCGCAGCGCCAAGCACAAAAAGGCCGUCCAAAAACUCCAACGUGAGAUGCAGGACGAAGAGGACGAGCUUUGUCUCGGCCUGGAUGCCGAUGACAUCGCCAUCGACGCCUCUUUGGCAGACAUGCAUCUCGACGGCAACAAGGCAGACACUAACGUCUCGGCCGGCUUCUCGAUACCUACGCUUGCCGCGGACGCAUCAGCAGGCAAGAGUAAAAAGCAAAAGAAGCAGGCUAAGAAGCGCAGACAGAUGGAGCAAGUUGCGGGACGGACACUAGAUGAAGAUGGAUUCGUUGUGCAGGACUUGAAUCGCAAGCAGACAAAACCUCAGGCGAACAAACAGAACUCCGUUGCUGAUGGCGCCUCUGAGACUCAGGAGGCCAAAGGAAGCGCUCCAGCGGUACACGUGGUGGUUGACGAAGAUGAAGUCGACGACGAUGCCGGGACGGAUAUUUCCGACGAAGUUGGCGCAGGCGCCGAGGAAAGCGCACCGCUCAAAGCAUCGGAAGGCCAUCGCGAUCAAGAGGUAACGCCGAAGACUGGCGGAAAGAAGCUGCAAGCAACGGCCAAGUCAACGUCCGCCGGCAACGACGAUGAUCCAUGGGCGGGCCUGGAAGAUCCCUUUAUCCCUGCAUCUGCUUUUUCUUCAACGAUCCCUCCACCCUUGCCUGCGCUCACACGUCCCGCCGGAUCGUUCGACAUCUUUGGGUAUGGAAGUCUCAUCUUCAAGCCGCCGCCGUACGUGAUUGCUGCAACGCCGUGCUACAUCAAAGGCUUUGUCCGACGUUUCGCGCAGCAUUCGAUCGACCAUCGCGGCACCCGGGAGCGACCAGGACGAGUUGUCACCUUGGUCAAAGCGUCCGACUGGCACCCUUUGCGCAGAGCUGCCAAAGUGGACGAGCCCAAGUCGCCGGAAGGAGACAUCGUGUGGGGUGUCUCGUUCACCAUCGACCCCGAGCACGCGCGGGUGGUCAGGCAGUAUCUCGACUAUCGAGAAAAGAAUGGGUAUAGUGCGAUGCACGUUCCGCUCUACACAAAGCUACCCGAGGAGCAAGGUGGAGAGGAAGAGGUGGUGUUGAAAAACGCACUUGUCUAUGUGGGUUUGCCAUCGAAUCCCGCGUUCGUCGGACCGCAGUCGCUCGAUGCGCUCGCACAGCGGAUCUAUACAUGUGCUGGACCAUCCGGACCCAAUCCAGAGUACCUGCUCAAUCUAGCAAAAGCCGUAAGAGAGCUUGCUCCGCAAUCGGUCGAUCAGCAUCUUUUCAGCCUGGAGAAGCGCCUGCUGCUGCUGCAGGAGCAGAAGAUCGAUCCAGCUGUGCUCAUCGCCCAGGAAUCAAAACAGCAGUCCUCCCAAAAAGCAUCUAAGGACGCAGUCGAAGACGACGAGGAGGAUUCAGACGGAGGCAAGGGAGGGAAGGGAAAAAAAGGAGGCAAGUCGAAACCGACUGGAAAGAGCAAGGAGUGGUGCAACGUGUGCAAGGCAGGCUUUGAGAGUAGGAGCAAGCUGUUCAACCAUAUCAGGGAGACGGGGCACGCUUUGGCUGGCGAGCAGAACAGUUCGGGCAAGAAGGGAAGGCGCAAGUAG